CACAAAAGAUUUUCUGGUCUUCUUCUUGUUCUAAAGGUUUCUUCAUCAUAUUCAAGAUAUAUUGCUGAUUUAAUCAAACCUUCAAAUAACCAGGUGCCUUAAAUGGAAAUCCCAUCAGCCAAAUGGUUAUCUGAACUGGAAAUGGAUUAUAAUUUCUUCCACCAAUAUGAUCAAGUGAACUCUCUGGACCAUCACUAUUCAUUUGACGACAUCAAUUUCCAGUCUUUUUCUUCCGAAAGCUACUCAUCUCACAACACGAAUUUCGCCCCGGCGAACUCGCAAAAUCUGGGCGGCGCCGCCACGCCGGUAGACCAAGCUCCUCACCAUCAGAUCACAGACUUUGAAAGCCGGCCAGCCAAACAGCUCAAGAUCAACAAUAGCUGGAACAACAAUAACUCUUGCACCACUAAUGAUAAUUACCACUAUCAUAAAACCAGCGCAAAGGCAGCUUCUUCUUCAUCCUCGCAGAUAAUUUCCUUCGAAAAGUACGCUAGCUCGGCGGCGACCACCCCCGAGAAGUACUAUGAUAACCUAGAUCAGUCCCCUGUGAAGCAGCCAAAGGACGAGCCGGCUGGAUCCACCGAUAAAUACAUGAUCUUUCAAUCUUCCUAUCAUGAUCGAAACGAGAACUUCUCACCGAAAUUAGGGCAAGUUAUCCGCGAGAAGAGGCCGGCCGCCGCCAUGAGUAGGUCUCCCUUACAUGCUCAAGAUCAUGUAAUAGCCGAAAGAAGGCGCCGUGAGAAGCUCAAUCAGAGGUACAUAGCUCUUUCGGCUGUCGUUCCAGGCCUAAAAAAGAUGGACAAGGCUUCCGUCCUUGGAGAUGCAAUCACGUACAUAAAAACUCUUCAAGAACGAGUAAGCAUACUUGAGGAACAGGCUGCAAAGAAGACUGUGGAGUCAGUUGUUUUUGUGAAGAGAUCUCAUCUCUCCGCCGACGACGAGAUCUCUUCGUCCGACGAGAACUUCGACAGCAGCUCCGACCAACCGCUGCCCGAAAUCGAAGCAAGAGUUUCGGGCAAGGACGUUUUGAUUAGAAUCCACUGCGAGAAGCAAAAAGGAUGUUUGUCUAACAUACUUUGCGAGAUAGAGAAGCUUCACCUCACAAUUGUCAACAGCAGUGUCUUACCAUUUGGUGGUUCUACCACCCACAUUACUAUUGUUGCUCAGAUGGACGUUGAGUACAGCAUGAACGCGAAGGAUCUAGUGAGAAAUAUAAGACAGGCUUUGCUCAAGAACUACACUUGAUCACUGAGGAAAAAAAAAAAGUAAUCAUGACUUAGCUAGCUCCAUCGUGAUGACUAGGAAUAAUAAAUUCUUAAUGACAACAGUUCUUUUUUCAGGAAUCAUAUGCCAUAUCAAAAAAAAAAAAAUAGGAAAAAUAGGAAAAUCUCUCUCUAGCGCAGAAGUCCACCAGCCAUAAUCAUGAGUCUUAAUAAUAGCCAGUUUAGCUGCAAAGUUUAUUCCUUUUUCCGAAAGGGUUUUUUUUUUUUUUUUUUUUUUUUCCUCACUUUAUAUGUGACGUUUUUGCGUAGUUGACCAUUGAGUAUUGACUACGUUGAAUUAUACCCACGUGUAGUAUUGAUGAAUUCUUUGCAGCUUUUUUCCGGGAGGGUUUUUUUCUUUGAGAGCGAGCCUUUUUGACUUUUCAACGAGAUACCUCAUUCUUCCCUUCUUUGGCUCUUUCUAAUUUCCUCAUGUGAAAAUUUGUCUUUGUUUUUCUUCAAGCUUGAGAGAGGGGAAAAAAUUUCGUUCUGGUUUCCAUAUCAGUGUAAAACUCUUGUUUUUUUGGGGGUCCUCUCUGGGCCUUUGUGU